AUUUGUUGGCUCGAGUAGGGACGAAAGUAAGCUGAGCCGAGCCUAUCUAUGUUCAAUUCUUUUGUGCUUCGCCAAGAGAUCUCCUCUCCGCCUUCGUCGACGCCUGGGAGAGCUACCACGACGACAGACGAUGGGGGCUUCCUCGUGGCCAUCUCUGGAGGAAAUUGAUGCGGUGAAGGAAAGGGUGGUGGAGAUGAGUGGAGCGGACAUUCAGGAUGUGAGUGUUGUGGUCUCGCCGUAUAGGAUUUGCCCGCUUGGAGCGCACAUUGAUCAUCAGGGAGGAAUUGUUACAGCCAUGACCAUCAACAUGGGCUUACUUUUGGGCUUUGUUCCGUCACGUGAUGCUCAGGUAUCAGUAAAGUCGGCUCAGUUCCAUGGAGAAGUUAAGUUCAGUGUUGAUGAAGUUCAAUGCCCCAAUAAAGUGCGUGAGGAACCAGAUUGGGCACGUUACCCAAGAGGUGCACUUUAUGCAUUGCAAAAUAAAGGACAUCAUCUGACUAAGGGUUUCAUCGGCUUCAUUUGUGGCUCAGAGGAACACAGUUCAGGACUUAGCUCUUCAGCAGCUGUUGGCAUUGCUUACCUUUUAGCUUUAGAAAGUGUAAAUGGUAACACUAUAUCCCCUGAAGAUAACAUUGAACUUGAUCGGUUAAUUGAGAAUGGAUAUUUACUAUUGCAAAAUGGAAUUCUGGAUCAGUCAGCCAUUUUGCUUUCAAAGUAUGGGCAUCUUACAUGGAUUGACUGUAAGACAAGGAAACACGACAUUGUCUACUUCUCAAAUCUGCAAAAUGGACAAUGUCAGCGAUCUCACGGACAAGCUACAUACAAGAUUUUGUUGGCAUUUUCAGGUUUAAAGGAACCUCUAAUAAGAAAUUCUGGAUACAAUACUCGCGUUUCAGAAUGCAAGGAAGCAGCAGAAAUUCUUUUAGAUGCUGCAGGUAAUGGAUACAUGGAACCUCUUCUUUGCAACGUUGAUCCAGUCUUCUUUGAAGCACACAAGGAUUUGUUAAAGCCUAAUCAGGCAAAAAGAGCUCUUCACUACUUCUCAGAAAAUAAGCGGGUUAAACAAGGACUUGAGGCAUGGGCUUCUGGAGAUUUGGAAGAUUUUGGGAGGCUUGUGUCUGCUUCUGGUCGCAGUUCUAUUAAGAAUUACGAGUGUGGGUGCCAAGAGAUGAUAGAUCUGUAUGAAAUCCUUUUGAAGGCUCCUGGUGUAUUUGGAGCACGCUUCAGUGGUGCUGGAUUUAGAGGCUGCUGUCUCGCUCUGGUUGAUGCUGAUCGUGCUGAGGAAGCUGCUGCUUUUGUUAAACAGGAAUACAAGAAGGUUCAACCCGCAUUUGCCAGCAAGAUCUCGCCAGCCAGGCUUGUACUGAUAUGUGAACCAGGAGAUGCUGCUCAUGUCAUAUAGAUGAAAUUCAACCCUUGGAAGUCUGGCUUGUACUAACUAGAGUCUACAUCCUAUUAUUUCAUUGUCUCUACGGACACAUUCAAUUCAUUAUUCCCUUGAGCUUUGCAAUGUAUCAUUGUUUGUUACCUUGAAUAAAAAGAUCCAAGCAUGAUCACAGACUGAGGUUUCCAA